AUGCUGAGCGACCUACCAUUGGAGAUCCUUCGACGUAUCUGUACGAAUCUUUCGCCUGAAUCUGCCCUUAGCUUCGCUCAUAGUUGCCGGCAUAUAUAUCAAGCUUGUGACGACUUGACUGUAUGGCGCAACAUUGUGAAGGGAAGCGCGCGCGUCCGUACCGAUCUACCUGCAGCCGGCCUUGAGCCAGGACGCAAGGGGAAGAGAUAUACAAUGGCAGACACAAGCGUCAGUCGGCCUGGGGAUGGAAGUUGCAGAAGGGCUGCUGUAGAACAGUAUAUGCCGCAGCUCAUGGUAUUGGAGUACACAAUGGCAGCACCUCUGGAUCUUCACACCAUGUACAGUCAGUGUCAAGCUUUAGUUAGCAGACAGGAGUAUCCCUCUUCGUUGGUACGGGCAAAGACCGAUAACAGCAAAUGGUUCGAGUUCAUGACGGAUCCGACAAGUCGAUUUGAGUCGAAAGAGUGGCUUUCGGCGCAAACCGCCAGCUUGUGUUUCGCCGUCGGUGCGUUGUCUGAUGCUGGGUAUACUUAUCAGUCAGAGGAGCCUUUUGCACGUCUUGAGGACGUACAGUGGUUCAAUUCGACUGCGAAUCAACGAGAUUGCUCAGACUCGCUGGUCAUGCAGCAUGCAUUAGCAAAUGCUGCGGUCGGUUCGUUCUGCCUAGAGCUUCGAGCAGCUCUACAUGGUGAGAGAACAAUUGGCGAGGAUUUUGAAGGUACCUCCAACCCACCAACGGCGUCCAGCAUUCCACUGGCUUCUCAGAUAGCGACGCGCCUACCAUCGUCGCCUGGGAGCUUGAACGACUCGGCACCGAGUUGUUUGAUGGCAUCGAUGAGCCCUGACUUCUUCACUGAUCACACGUGGACUGGAUACGUUAGCACAAGAGGAGACUGGCGAAGUGUUUACCACGGCAUUGGAGGGCACAAUCUCAGGGAUCUGCCAUUAGGAAAGGGUUUCGAUCAUAUGCGCACCACCAACGGUCCAGUUGCUAUCGACCACACAGUGAGAUUCCGCGUCAUCGAUACUCUGGCAAAUGGUGACUUCAUCCUGCGAUCCAACUACUUCCACACCCGCGAUGAUAUGUACACCUUGGCCAUGCUGGUAGAGAGGCGAACCGGCCGACUAUCGAUCUGCAUGUCACGUCCAGGCGACGCGAGUCCGAAGGCAUUGCAGACCGGUUCGAAAAAUGCGCUCAACACACCCUUCGGCAUCGUGUACGGGAUUGAGCCUGGAAGCUGGCUGUGGUUGUGGAAAUCGGAAUGGGCUGCUGGUAACAAGAAUACACACUGA